GGUUUUCUUGAUUUACAGGCAAAAUUUGGAGGUGGGUUUGAUUUUUUUAGGGAAAAUAAAUGAGGUGGGCGUUUGGUUAUUUUGUUUUUUUUCUCCUCAUUUAGCGAUUUUGUUGUAAACAAUCAGAUUUUUAUGUAUUUUGUUUUCCAGCUCUUGGCCCUUUUGUGCAUUUGACAGAGACCCCAUUUGGAUAAUACAGAAAUCUGUCCUUAUCAAUGAUUUUAAUUUCUUGCUCUUUGUUUUUAUCAAGUGGAAUUUGCCAAAAAAUAGGUUUUGCGAUGUUGAAGUUGGUCUUCGUCCCAUCCGAGGAUCAUGCCAAUUUCACUACCAAUCAGACCUCAGUGAGAUUCUGACUGUUGCAACAGAUUGUUUUAUGGACGUAUGCACAGUUUUGUGGGUGAAUGGUGGCAAUGGGAUUCUUGAGUAUUAUGAGUAAUUCUUUCGGGUGCUCUGCAUCGGGCGAGCGCCUGGUCUCAGCAGCUAGAGAUGGAGAUCUUCAAGAAGCAAAGGCUCUCCUCGAGUACAAUCCUCGACUCGCAAGGUACUCCACUUUUGGAGUUCGAAACUCGCCUUUGCACUACUCGGCAGCUCAAGGCCAUCACGAGAUUGUUUCCCUUCUACUCGAGUCUGGAGUUGAUAUUAAUCUCAGGAACUAUCGUGGGCAGACUGCUCUGAUGCAAGCGUGUCAAUAUGGUCAUUGGGAAGUUGUUCAGACUCUAAUACUUUUCAAAGCCAAUAUUCACAGGGCGGAUUAUUUAAAUGGAGGGACAGCGCUCCAUUUAGCUGCUCUGAAUGGCCACACACGUUGCAUUCGCCUUCUGCUCGCUGAUUACAUUCCCAGCAUUCCUAAUUUUUACAGUGUUUUAAAGAAAAAAUCGAAAAACGAAGAACAAGUUGUCGAGUUUGAUGAAGGUGCACUGUUUGAAGUAUUAAGUAGAUCUGCAGAUGGAGGCGUGACGGCCCUUCAUAUGGCUGCUCUAAACGGUCAUUUCGAGACUGUUCAUCUUCUUCUUGAUUUGGGAGCUUCGGUUUGUGAUAAGACUGUAGAAGAUGGGACUACGAUUGAUUUAAUUGGAGCUGGGAGCACGGCACUCCAUUACGCUGCAUGUGGUGGUAAUGCACAGUGUUGUCAGCUUUUGAUCACAAAAGGUGCCAGUCUUACCACAGAGAAUGCGAAUGGAUGGACACCACUGAUGGUCGCUCGUUCGUGGCAUAGAGAUUGGCUGGAGGAAAUCCUAAGCCAACAACCGAGACGCCUCCCGAAACUCAGCCCUUCGCCUUAUCUAUGCCUUCCUCUCAUGAGCAUUGUCGAAAUUGCUCGACAGUGUGGAUGGAGAUGCAGAGAUUCACAAUCGACCUGUUUAGAUCCAUGCGCCGUUUGCUUAGAAAGAAAGUGUACGGUUGCUGCACAAGGUUGUUUUCACGAGUUCUGUACACACUGCGCCAUAUAUCUUUGCUCCACGUACGCCACAUCAUCCGUGGGCCAAGGCCCGCCAGGCUCGAUCCCUUGUCCACUGUGCCGACAUGCCAUAGUCUCGUUCGUGAAGCUAGCGGAAACUCGGCCCAUAAUCAAGGAAGUGGCCCGAACGAGCCUUUCUCUGCCCUUCUGCGUGUGUUCGGCAGAUGCGACCUCGUUAGAAGGCCCGUUUGAUUUCCAUUGGGCCCGAGUUUCGCCACAGGGCCCGAAUUUCAGGUCCUUGAGCUGCAAGAGGUUUUCUUCGGUCAGGCUUAGCCCGCGACUCUGCAUGGGGGGUUCGAAUACGAGUAACUGUUUGGUCAGCCGGGCAGCCGGGCAGGUGGGCCCGUUGGAGGAUAGAUGUUUGAGGGUUCCGGGCUUCGGGCGGUCGGGUUCAUUGAAUGAGGGCAGAAGAUGGUUGUGUUCUUUCAGUCAGGCCAUGGGAGCAGAUGGAAAUGGAUGCUGAGGGGUUUUUGGAUUAGUGUUUGAUUGAUUUUUGUUUGAAGGAAUUGUUGGAAAAUU